UCUGUCUACCAACUCUGGUCUCUCCCCUCUGCCUGCCUGCCUUGCAAUCCAAGCCCUUCGGUCUGACCUUCCCAGGCUCACAAGUCCACUCCAGAUUUCAGAAUGUCCACCUACAAGAACACUUCGUAUAGUGUAAAGUCUUCUUCUGCCCCACGGAACUUCAGCAGCAGUUCCUAUGCUGGACCAAGCUCUGUCUCACGCAGAAGCUACGGUGUCCAGAGCUCCUAUGGAGGAGGACAGAGCAGGGGCUUUGGAGGAUCUGGCAUCACCAGCAGCACUGCCUACAGCGUGAGCUCAGGCAUGGGUGGCGCAGGUAUGGGAAUGGGCUAUGGAAGUGGCAUGGGUGGCGGCGGAGGUAUGGGAAUGGGCUUUGGUGGUGGCAUGGGUGCUCAGGCCCCCAUCACCGCAGUGACUGUGAACAGGAGCCUGCUGACCCCCCUGAACCUCUCGAUUGACCCCAACAUCCAAGUCGUCCGCACCCAGGAGAAGGAGCAGAUCAAGGGCCUGAACAACCGCUUUGCCUCCUUCAUUGACAAGGUGCGAUUCUUGGAGCAGCAGAACAAAAUGCUGGAGACCAAGUGGAACCUGUUGCAGGGGCAGACCACCACCCGCUCCAACAUCGACGCCAUGUUUGAGGCCUACAUCACUAACCUGCGCAGACAGCUGGACAGCCUUGGCAACGACAAGAUGAAGCUGGAGGCUGACCUGCACAACAUGCAGGGCCUGGUGGAGGACUUCAAGAACAAGUAUGAAGAUGAGAUCAACAAGCGCACAGAGUGUGAGAACGACUUUGUCCUCAUCAAGAAGGAUGUCGAUGAGGCCUACAUGAAUAAGGUUGAGCUGGAGGCCAAACUCGAGAGCCUGACAGAUGAGAUCAACUUCCUCAGGUCGAUCUAUGAGGAGGAACUGCAUGAGCUCCAGGGCCAGAUCAAGGACACUUCAGUUGUUGUGGAGAUGGACAACAGCCGUAACCUGGACAUGGACUCCAUUGUGGCUGAAGUCAAGGCACAGUAUGAAGACAUUGCCAAUCGCUCCCGCGCUGAAGCAGAGACAUGGUACAAGUCCAAGUAUGAGGAGAUGCAGACAUCCGCCAGCAGAUAUGGAGAUGACCUGAGAAGUACCAAGACAGAGAUAUCAGACCUUAACCGCAUGAUCCAGAGACUCACAUCAGAGAUCGAUUCCAUUAAGGGACAGCGCGCCAACCUAGAGGCUCAGAUCGCAGAGGCUGAGGAGCGUGGUGAAAUUGCAGUGAAGGAUGCCAAGGCCCGUAUCAGGGACCUGGAAGAUGCCCUGCAGAGAGCCAAACAGGACAUGGCCCGCCAGAUCCGAGAAUACCAGGACCUGAUGAACGUCAAGCUGGCUCUGGACAUUGAGAUUGCAACCUACAGGAAACUGCUCGAGGGAGAGGAAGACAGGCUGGCGACUGGCAUCCAGUCUAUCAACAUCUCUCAGCAGAGCUCAAGCUACAAUGCUUUCCCCAAGGACAGCCUGAAGAGCAGCUACUCCAGCGGCUACUCCAGCGGUUUUAACAGUGGAUAUGGCGGUGGAUAUGGAGGUGGAUACAGCAGUGGAUAUGGCAGCAGCGCGGGCGGCUUCAGUGGCGGCAGUUCUGGUGGCUACAGCACCUCCCAAACCAAGAAGAAUGUCGUGAUCAAAAUGAUCGAGACCAAGGAUGGCAGGGUGGUGUCUGAGUCCUCCGAGGUCAUUGAGGAUUGAGCUGUCUAGUCUAGAGGUGUAGCCACCUGUCUACUAUGAUCGCCUCUGCCUCUCCGGUAGUUUUAUACUCACAGUUCUCCCCUCACCCAAAGUAACGUAAUACACAAGUCUGAAGUAAAAUGCUUGCCAUUCACUCUCCAAUAGAGUCUAAACAUGAAACAGUAAAUCAACGCAAAGAUCUGAAGGGACCAAAGAAUUUAAGAUCUGAUGUCUGACUGUCUGUACUAAAAAGAUUGUGUCUUAGAAAGUGAGAUUAAGAAAAACUGGGCAAAUUGCAAAUAUGAAGAAAACACUUCCUUGAAAUGCGACAGCUAUUCCAUACACUGUUACCAUCAAAACUGUGUUGCGUCAAAUGGACUGUGGAUUUGUCAAAGGAAUGUGAAUGUACUAAAACAAUGCUUCAGUGUUGUUAAACUAUGUAUUAAAAUUGCCUGCUACAGUAGGUAGUGCAUGUCUUCCCUGUGCGUGUCCUGUAACUGAAACUGUUUGACCCCUUAGGAGGCUGUCCGCGUCAUACUGUUGUCCUGAGGUGCUGAUUUUGCUACCAAACCAAAUAAAAUGUGUUUACUGAAAAAAAA